AUGGCAGGCAUGGCGCACACGUACAACAACAUCAAGAGCUUCAAGAAGGCGCUCGACGCAUCGGCCUUCGACACGAGGGAGGCGUUUCUCGCCGUAGUCAAGUACGCCAACAUCGAGGAUAUGUCGCCGUAUCCACAGGACCCCGCGACGCCGCUGAUGGUCUUUACCCAGCACUUCGGCGUGGUUCCCGAUGAAUACUGCUGCCCAGAGUGCGGCGCCGAGUUCACCAUGAAGGUCAAGUCUGGGACGUCUGACCGCGCGGCGCGCUGGCAGUGGCGGGGCCCUCGCUACGACCGCGCUGGCUGCUGCGACGCAUGCGGCGACGUUGAGAUCUCCAUGACGAAGGACACCUUGUUGGCAGAUGUCAAGGCGUCGAACUGGCUCCCAUUCUUCGACUGCAUGGUCAUGUGGGCCCAGGAGUACCCCCAUUUGAAGAUCGCCCACGAGCUCGGCAAGCAGCACAACGUCGCGGGCCCCUGGAUGGAGAAGUUCCAGGAUGUCGCCGCGUCUUACAUCGCCGACAAGAUCUCGCUCCCAAAGCUGCACGAGGACUUCAAGAAGCGUGCCAAGGCCAAGGGCAAGAGGGGCGUGAAAAAGACGAUCUCCAAGAAGAAGCCGUCCAAGUUCAUCGUGCAGGCCGACGAAGUCUUCUUGAACAAGUCCAAGGUCAGCCGCCUCGCGCCAGGCACCCGCCCCAAGAAGGACAAAGUGUGGCUGUGGGGCGCGGUCGUGCAGGGCAGCCCAGAGAACUUCGUCUUCCGAGUCCUGGAGCACCCAGAGGACGCUUUCGACGGACGCCCCCGCGGUAAGCAAGAGAUGGUGACGAACUUCGACACGCUGGGCCUUCGCAAGGGCAUGGUCGUCGCCACGGACGGGUGGCGCGCCACGAUCGCUGCCAUCAAGCACAUCAGGGACAGGAAUGGAUGGUCGGACAGGGACUUGAAGCACGAGAUCGUCGUCCACUCGAAGGGAGAGGUGAAGAACCAGCGCGGCUUCACAACGAACCACAUCGAGAACCGCUGGUCGGUCCUCAAGAGGUGGCUCAAGAAGCGCCUUGGCGGCCGCCUGCCGACUACCUCGGAUAGGCGGAAGUGGGCCCGCUGGGUGACGGAGUUCCAGUACAGGAAGGCCGUCACGAAGACGCAUUCGGUCGAUGGCGGCCACACCUACUCCCUGCCGACGAAGACGUUCCUUUCCCACGUGGCGGAGGUCACACUGGCUGGGGGUAUCUGA